CAGCUUCUGGUGGUUUCCCAACAAUCCUUGGCAUUCCCUCAUUUGCAGCUGUGUCGUUUCAAUGUCUGUCUGCUUCUUCACAUGACUGUCUUCCCUCUGUGUGUCUCUGUCUGUCCAGAUUUCCCUAUCCUCCAAGGACACAAGGAGCCUUGACUGCUAACCGAAAAGUGGUGGUUUGAAUCCCCACCCAUCAGCUCCUCGGGAGAAAGACCUGGUGAUCUCUCGUGAAGAUUACAGCCUAGAAAACUCUAUGGACCAGUUCUGCUCUGUCACAUUGGGUCGCUAUGAGUCUGAAUCAACUCAGCAGCACCUGACAGCAACAACACUGUAAUUACACCAGUCAGUGAACGUAGGGCCCAGCUUUGUCAAAUCUGACCUCAUUUUACCUUGAUUACAUCUGCAAAGACCCUAUUUUUAAAUGAGGUCACCAUCACAGGUCCUGGGAGUUAAGACUUCAGCAUACCUUUUUGGAAGACAUGACACACUCAGUGAUGAUUGUGUAUUUUUGUUUAUGUUUCACACGUUCUCAUUUUUAACAUUUUAACAGGAUUUCACGUAUAUCUUUGCAGGUUUGGUGACGAUGAGAAGCAUGCUUUCUGCUGACCUGCCCGACGCCGCCGUUUGUUCCGCAGGAUGUCUGUGACUGAGAAAUUGGUUUUUGCCUAUGAAUCUUCAGUGCACAGCGCCAACGUCUUGCUCAGCCUGAACGACCAGCGGAAGAAAGAUGUGCUGUGCGAUGUCACCGUCUUUGUGGAGGGCCAGCGGUUCCGCGCCCACCGGGCCAUGCUGGCGGCAUGCAGCAGCUACUUCCAUGCGAGGAUCGUAGGCCAGAUGGAUGCCGAGCUUAGCAUCACCCUUCCAGAAGAGGUGACAGUGAAAGGAUUCAAGCCUUUAAUUCAGUUUGCCUACACUGCCAAGCUGAUUCUGAGCAAGGACAAUGUGGACGACGUGUGCAGGUGUGUGGACUUCCUGGGCGUCCAUAACAUCGAGGAAUCCUGCUUCCAGUUUCUCAAAUUUAAGUUUCUGGACUCCACCACAGACCAGCAGGAAGGCCCAAGAAAAGAGUGCUUUCUGUCCCACUGUCAGAAAACAGACCUGCAGCUCUCACCUGUGGACCAGAAGGAUCUGGAAAUUGACGAAGUGGAGGAAUUUCUGGAAAGCGAGCACGUUCCGAUUCCUCAGUGUAAACUCAGCCGACAUCAGGGAGACGCAAGAGCGUCCCUUGCACUGCAGGACAGCACCAGCCAGACGAGCGAGUCCAUGUGCUCAGAAAAGGACACCGCUCUGACUCUGCCAUCUUUAUGCCCCAAAUACAGAAAAUUCCAGAAAGCAUUUGGAACCGACAGAGUCCACUCUGUGGACUCCAGUGUCAAAGACAGUCAGGUUUCUCCCAUUCAGCCGAAUGAGACACCUGAGAAUGAAUGUCUCGGCGGAGUCCAGGACUGUGCAGAUCUGCAGGCAAUUCUGAAAUGUGAAGAGACUAAAACGCCAGUGGAACAUGAAGAAACGAAGAAGCAAGAUUCUGCUUCUGAGCAUCCAGCAGUGAAGGCAGAGGCGACUCCUUUCGCUCACAGUUCUGCCGCAGACCCUCACGGGCUGUAUGCUCUGUCUCUCUUACACACGUAUGACCAGUAUGGUGACUUGAAUUUUGCUAGUAUGCAGAACACAACAGUGUUAACAGAAAAGCCUUUGUCAGGUGCAGACGGCCAAGAGGAGCACACGUUGGGUGGAAGUCAGGAUUUACAUUUGAAAUCUGACCCUGGUCCCAGGGAAGAUAGUAGCCUGGCCUCUGGCGACCGGAGCAGUGUGGAGCGGGAGGUGGCCGAACACCUCGCCAAAGGCUUCUGGAGUGACAUUUGCAGCACAGACUCUCCUUGCCAAAUGCAGCUAUCGCCUGCCGUGGCCAGAGAUGUUCCAGAACAGAUGUACUCACAGAAACGUUUUGAGUGUCCCUGGUUGGGUAUCAGGAUCAGCGAGAGCCCAGAACCGGGUCAGAGGACCUUCACGACGUUGAAGUCUGUCAACUGCCCUUUUAUAAGUACUCUGAGUACUGAAGGGUGCUCAGGCAGUCUGGAGAUUGGAAACGAUGAUUACGUUCCAGAGGCGCAGCAGGAACCUUGUCCUUACGCCUGCGUGAUUAGCCUGGGAGAUGACUCUGAGACGGACACGGAAGGGGACAGUGAAUCCUUCUCAGCCAGAGAACAGGAGUGUGAGGUAAAACUGCCAUUUAAUGAACAACGAAUAAUUUCACUCUCUCGAAAUGAUUUUCAAUCGUUGUUGAAAAUGCACAAGCUGACCCCAGAACAGCUGGAUUGUAUCCAUGAUAUUCGAAGAAGAAGUAAAAACAGAAUUGCUGCACAGCGCUGUCGCAAGAGAAAACUUGACUGUAUACAGAAUCUGGAAUCAGAAAUUGAGAAGCUGCAAAACGAAAAGGAGAGCUUGUUGAAAGAAAGAGAUCUCAUUUUGUCAACUCUGGGUGAGACAAAGCAGAACCUGACUGGACUUUGCCAGCAAGUGUGCAAAGAAGCAGCUCUAAGUCCGGAACAAAUACACAUCCUCGCCAAGUAUUCAGCCUCAGAUUGCCCACUUUCGUUUUUAAUUUCUGAGAAAGAAGAAAGUACUUCCGACGGUGAGCGGGCAUUGCCGUCCAUUUUUAGCUUACGGGAUGGGCCUCCCGCUGUGCUGCCGGCCAGUGAGCAAAGCCGCUGCUACCGCAGCUCCAGAAAGAACAAGGAGCCUGGGGGUGGGCGGGGGCAGGAGUCACGUCAGACGUCCACAGCUGGCGGUGAGCACGCCGGGCUCCUGGAGCAGUGUCGUCAGAGCGGGGCCAUCUCUGAUUUCUGUCAGCAGAUGACUGAUAAGUGUACUACUGAUGAGUAAGCUAGGCUCUGCAUUCACUUCUUCAGACCGUCUGAUUUCCUCCCGAAGUCCUGGCGUUGUCCUCAAAGCCCAGUACAGCCAUCUGUCUCUUAACAACCGUUUUUUUUUUUUGCAAUUUCUCUUAAGUCAGCCCUGACUUCUUGAUUUCCACAAGAGAUGCAGAAAUGAUUUACCUCCUGGAUACUGAAAAUCACAUGUGAAAAUGCAGUAGACCUUUAAAACUCAUGUUUUAAAGAAUAAUAACUAUUACUAAUUACUCUUCCCGGUAUUCAAGAUAAAUACAAGCACGAGAACCGUGGCUUAUCAGACAGCAGUUUAACAACUUGAAACAUCCACAGCUAGUUCUUCUGAAGCAGCAGCCUGCAAGAGUUGAAUAAUCUGACCUUUUUGCAGUAUACUAGUUUAAAAGGUCCCCCCUCCCGAGCGAUGACGAUAGAGUUCUCUUCUAAUCAGAAGUAGGGUUUGGGCCACUGUAGGACUGUGUGUUUUGUAGGCCUGCAGUGUGAGAAAUAAAGAAAUUGUCUUGUCUAAAUCCUAGAACUUGCUCUUCAGCUCCUUCUAAAACGAGAGGUAGUUUGGACUCCACUGUGACUCUUAAGCUACAUUGGGACUAUUUAAUGACCAGGGCAGGUGGUUGGCUUUAGUUGGGAAGCCUCCCUGUAUGGACUAUAGACAUUCUGGCUGCACAGACAGUAGAAAAGCAUCACGAUCCCUAUUUUCUUUUCCCUGUUCAGUCUCUACCACACCUGGGCCCAUUCCUGAUGUUCUUGUCCCUUUGGAAGAAGACGUAGGACUCAGGAUCCAGUGGCAUGAGUGAAUGAAUGAAUGCAUUGGCUGUGUUAUCUUAGCUUUCUUAGGAUCCUGGAGAGCUUACCAAAAUACAAGCCUGUUUACCUUCCCACCAUAGGCUACCCGAUGGCAAGAAAACCAGACGUCAGGGGCAACGGAAAUCGUUUCCAUUGACCAGGAGUAGCAAUUGUUUGUCUUCCACCGUAUUUUUGAAGGCCUGUGGUUUACCUGUGGAGAAACAUUAGGUAGAUACAAAUGUACCUGCAGUAACCACCCAGGUGUGUGAAGUAGGCUGAAAUGAGGUAGAGGAGAUCUUGUUCCAUGGUGAGUGUGAAUUUGGAAGCCCGGAUUUAAUCCUUGCCCUCUUCCUCAAAUCUGUGAUAUAAGAGCACAAAAGUCAUUUCGACUUCAGCGUUUUAAAAUCAGUCUUUGUGUUUAUCCAACUGUGUUAUUAAAUGUGGUUUUUGUAAUCUGAGUGCCCACCCCAUAACAUUUUGCCGUGGUUCUUAGCCAUUUUGGGGUUGUAGGUUUGAGAGUCAAAUGAAAGUUAUGGACCCUUUCAACAAUUAAAAAAAAAAGCAUAUACUCACAUUCAUGGAAACAUUUGCAGAACCCAGUUUUAAAGGGUCCAAAGAAGUAGUUUAUAGUGUUUGGGUUCGAAAGGACUUCAUUUCAGACAUCUGAAAGAGACAUUGCUAUAGAUUGUACCCUGAGCUUAGUGAAGGGCCCUGGUGACGUGGGGGACAGCAGUCCAUCGUGAACAAGUGAGCCUGAAGCAAGUGGACAUUUACUGGGAGGGUACAUGGGGAGCUGACUUCAUAUUUCAGAGUAAUUGGUCAGAUGUUACCCUUUUUGAUGGAUGUGUGUGUGUGUGUAUGUGUGUGAGUGUGAGUGUGAUGAUUUUGGAUAUUUUCAGUGGUUUGUAUGCUAUCUCUGUUAUUGACUUAGUUCUAAGAGGAAACUAGUUGGGCUUGUUUAUUUUCUAGAGGCUUUUAUGAAGACACUCAAGAAUUUGUCUGGGAAAAUUGACAAUUCUACGACAGUGCGUUUCAUACUGCAGAAGAAUUGUAUAUAAAUAUCCCCACAUAGCUAUUUCUUGGAUAUUUGCAAUUUUAAUUUUCAGCUUCACAAUAUAAAAUAAUAUAAAAACUUGGCUGGUUUACAAAACGCAAACUCAUACACAAGCCGGUGGAAUCCUUGAUUUUCUACCUCAGUGUCUACUCAGCUGUUUGUCAUAUCAGUUUGUGUAUGUGCAAAUGUCAAAUAAUCUUUUGCUUCCAUUGCCUCUGUAAAUAUCUGCUUUGAAAGGUUACUUACUAUUUUACAAUAAAAUCAAGUUGUCUCAAGAGAUUAAAUACGAUUUUUAAGGCACUUGGUUUAAAUUUCUCUCUACAUAUAAGCAGUUUAGCAUUACAGAUUUAUUUGAAUGGUAUUCUGAUUAUUGGCCAACUGUAAUAAUUCUUAAAAUAUAGCAUUACUUUGAAUAGCCAGGAUGUAAUACAGAUAACUACACUACCUCAUACCCACAUGAUUUUUCAAGUUGUAGUACAGAUGGACAGAGAAAGAAAAAAGAUUUUAUCUGUCUUUUGGCCGUAAGAUGGGGGAAAUUUUCUAUAUAUUGCAUAGCAUUACACAUUUAUGCCUCUUUUCACAUUAACUUCUAAAGAAGUUUUUCUAGGAAAAUUUAUUUCAAGUGGUUUUUUUUUUUGGUUUUUUUUGAGGCUGCCAAAGACAAAUGAUAGGAUGAUGUGUGUACAGUGUAUACCUUCUCCUUCAUGCAGAAUUUUGAAAAGGCUGUUUUUAGUUUGUACGUUGCAUAUUUACGUGAUCAUUGCUCCUUGUAUUAUGAGCUGACCUUCUCAGUGCUUGGUGAUUUUUAUAAGGCUGUUAUGUCUAAUUCAGUAAAAUAACAAUUACCUUAAAAUUUUUCCCCUUAUUUGAAUUCUAUAGCUAUAGCAGAUAAUUUGUUGAAUUGUUACAUUCAAAACAAAUGUGGAUAUAAUCUCGGUUCUACCAUGUAAAUGUUAUCAUUUACUAUAGCUUAAUGCUAAAUCAAUUGCAAAUAAGGAAUUAAAUAUAUUUAAUGCAGUUGAUGACGAUACAGGUUGUGUGUGGACCCUCAGCCACGUUAACAACUUGGGAAAGAAAACGAAUCAAACAAAUGGCAAUGUUAUAAUGAAUUCUCAGGUGAACUUUUUUCAGUAAUGAAACAUCUAUUUUGAAUUUGUAAAUAUUUUAAAUGUUUUAUUAAGGCAUGUAAUAAACUGUUCUUUGAAACGUGUUGGGCAGAAUGAAAAUUUAAAGCCAUAAUGGUAAACGGUGGCAUACUGAUUGUAAAAUAAAUAAAUAAUAACAUCCAUUGAUUUUUUUUUUUUUGUAUCUUUCGGAAGAUCAUUUUCUAACAAUGCAAUAAAACCACUGACCUUAUAGAUCCAUGUCCUGUUAAGACCAUGUUUCAUUAAAAAUAAUACACUUUGAGAGUAUUUAAUUUACAUUUUCUUCCUAAUGUAUUUACCCAAAUGUAGCAAAACUAUAAAUGUCAGAUGUCGGUGAUAAAUUGACAGUUAAAUAAAAUUCUCUAAAAUCCCUUCUAAUUGAACAGAGUUGUCCAUUCCAUCCCCAUGUUUUCACUUUUGUAGAAAGGCCCUGGAACUCAGCUCUCAGCUUCUGAAAGGUCACAGCCAUUGAAAACCCUGUAGAGUGCAGUUCGGCUCCGACACACGUAGGGUUGCUAUGAGUCAGAAUCGACUUGACAGCAACUGGUUUGGUUUUGCUAUGUGGAUGUACUAAUUUUAGUUUUUGGGUCAGUAAUUGGCAUUGUUGUAGCAUUUGUAAUAAUUAGCUGAUUAUAUGUCUGGGAAAAAAAAAAAAGAUU